AUGAAGGUCCGCAUGGUCGAACGGCGUGAAACAGGAACAGUGUACGCACUCAAGUACAUCUCCAAGGCUCAAGUCAUCAAAAUGGAGGCCGUCAGGAACAUUUUGAGAGAGCGGCAGAUCUUAGAGUCGCUUGAUCAUGCCUUCAUGGUCAACAUGAGGUUUGCCUUCCAGGAUGACGAGUAUAUGUACAUGUGUAUGGAUCUCAUGAUGGGGGGAGAUUUGAGGUUUCAUAUGAACAGGAGGGCGUUCGGCGAGGAUGUGGUUCGGUUCUGGAUCGCAGAGCUAUGUUCGGCUGUCAACCAUCUUCAUUCGCUCGGAAUCGUCCAUCGAGAUAUCAAACCCGACAAUGUCCUGCUCGACGAAAAAGGACACGCCCAUUUGACAGAUUUCAACAUUGGCUGCAAGCUGACCCCCGAAAAGCCCAUUCUCACAUCUCAAUCAGGGACGGUCGCUUAUAUGGCACCCGAGGUCUUCAAGAGCGCUGGUUAUGGCACAAGUGUGGAUUGGUGGGCGGUCGGGAUUCUGUUCUACGAAUGUAUUUACAACAAGCGACCUUUCCAGAAUGAAAACAUUCCCGAGCUCCGGCGAGCCAUUGGAAAUCAGACAAUCGAUUAUCCUCCUCAGAAGGGCGUUUCACAAGAUUGCGUGGAGGUCAUUCAAGGGUUUUUGACGCGGGAUCCCAAUGAGCGUCUAGGAACUCGAGGUGGAAUGAACGGUAUCCGGCGGCAACCAUUUUUCCAGAUUGAAGCUUACAGGUGCAAUAUGAGACCUGAGCAGUGGUGGUACCUUCUCGAGACAAAGCAGCUCACGCCAGUGUUCCAACCACCAGCGGAGGCGGCCAACUUUGAUGCGACCUACGAUCUGGAAGAGAUGUUGCUGGAGGAUGACCCACUCACAUAUCGAUCGACAAGGAAGAGAGCACUUCGACUGCACAAGGAAAAGAUGGACGCUAUGAGAGCGGAGGAAGAGCGACAGAGGGCUGCACAGGAGGCGGCCGAACAAGCAGAGGCGGAGGCUCAGGCAGCUAUGGAGGCCAUGAACCGGGAACUGGAGAAGAGCAUACGGAAGAUCCGCGGAAUGUCUUUGCCACCAGAACCACGCCCAGUAACACCAACACCCACCCCCGCGGUCAGCAAGAAAAAGUCCAAACUUCUUUUCGGAUCUGGUGGUGGCGAUCAGGAUGCUGCCCAACCGGUUGUCCAGAUUCCACCACCACAACCUUCAUCUAAUUCUAUGACGCAGGUGUCACUAUCCUCGGAGAAGAGUCACACAGGUUCACAAGUUGCCCGGCAGACCCAAUUUCAAUCUAUACCCCUGUCGCCCAUCGACCCUACUGUUGGAGCACGCGAGCUACCACUGGUCCCUGUUCCCGCCAUGCGGUUCCCUGUUUCGACCGUAGGUGGGGAUCAAUAUCAGCCACCUCCACCUCCUCAGAACUUGAACCCGUUGGACCACCAUCCUUCCUCCUACUACCACCGUCCUUCCUCUCCCUUUUCGAAACCAGUCGUAACCACCGCUGCUGUCACGAAGCCAGGUUUCGGAAACGGAUACACCCAUACUACCACAGGACCAGGAGCGGGACCAGGAGCAGGAGGUGGAGGAGGUGCAACAGCGCCCGGUGUCACCGCUGUAUAUUUUCCCAAAUCGACAUUAAUUCCAAAGUUUGGCGACGGUGGAGAUGCCUACGAUCAUGACCCUACAACAGGAGAGUCUGGGGCUUUGGCACCGUCGCCGUUGGCACCUCCUGCAGCGAUUAGUCGGGGGUCGUCUUACGAGCGCGAGGCACAACUGCAUCAAUACUCUUUCCAGGCAGCAGCUGUGCCACAGCAAGCGAUUUCGUCCCCUGUUAUCAUACCGACACCGCUAGAACACACCAUCUCGCGGCAUAAGCACAUCCCUACACAGCAGGCACAACAACCUUUACUACGACACAGGUCCUCACAACAACAUCUACCACCCCGGCGGCCCACAACUCCAACACCCGUCAAUAUCGAAGCUGCGGCCGCGGCUAUGGCAGCAGCAGUGGCGGCAUCCAACAUGACGGACGAGGAGAAGUUUGCGUACCAGAUGGAUAUUAUUGACAGAGAGUUCACGACGUUUGACUAUACGAUCUUUGAGAGCUACCAUGGGCUUGUGGAUCCAGUUACGAUGUCUGUGGGUGACCCGCCAGAGUGGGUGCGGAGUCGCGAUUCGUGCAAUUGA